AGAUCAACAACCCAGCAAGAUGCAUGACAUUGGCCUGCUCCCUAGCCACCGUAGUGUAGUAUCGACAGAGGGUUCCGACCUAGCUGGAUGCUUAUUAUAGUAUUCCGAUCGACAUGCUGAACAUGCUUUGCUUACCUUAAGGGCGGGUAGCUUGGCACGAGUUGCUGCAUGGCCUUUUAAGUAUCAACCCUCACCCUCCAUUUCUUCUAGUGACCCUUCAAGUUGGCUUUUGGCGCAUCGUCACUGUCAAAGGGGAUACGACUUGGUGGCUCAUUCUGCGACGUCCGUUGUAUAUGAGAAGUUCGAAUUAUUUCAACAAUAUUUAGCAGCGCCAGUCGGCGGAGACAGCCAAAAUGGCGCUCAUUUACUACGGUCUCGUCCUGGGCGCCCUGUAUGUGGUCGGAUCCUUUCUCUACAACCUCCUCCUACACCCUCUAGCAAGAUUUCCCGGCCCGGUCUCUCACCGAGGCUCCUACCUGCCACGUGCCUGGCACUUAUUCAACGGCACACUCACAUUCCAUGUUGGUGAUCUUCACCGGAAAUACGGAACUGUUGUCCGUAUCGCACCCAAUGAGUUAGCAUACGCCAGCCCUCAGGCCUGGCACGAUAUUUAUGGCCACAAGAAGGCUGGUGAGGAGGAGUUCCCGAAGUCCGACCGCCUCUACAAGCUGUUCAUUGACCCUCCGAGGCACAUCAUCAAUGCCAGACGUCAGGAACAUGGUGCCCUACGCCGCCAAUUGGCUCACGGUUUCAGUGCCCGCACUAUGGCCGAACAGGCUCCUUUGAUCCGCUCAUACGUGGAUCUCUUGAUCCAGCGUCUCCGCGAAAACAUUGAGAAGGCCCCUACUGUCCCGCUUAACAUGCGUGAUUGGCUUAACUACACGACCUUCGACGUUAUUGGUGAUCUUGCCUUUGGUGCCCCCGGUGGCUUCGGCUGUCUGCAGCAGAGCGACUACCACCCCUGGGUCCGUCUUCUGACUGACACAAUCCGAGAGAACGCCUGCUUGAUUGCUCUGGCCAACAUCGGCCUCAGCACUCCCAUCCAAUGGCUUGGCAAGACUGCCGCCUCUAAGAACACCCAGCACCGCGCUGUUGUGAAGGAGAAGGUGCAGCAACGUCUGGAACUGGGAGCCGAGCGUCCCGACUUCAUUGAGGGAUUGCUCAAGCGCAAGGAUGAGCUCGACCUUGAUAUUGACCGCCUUACCAUGAACGCAUCUAUGCUUGUCAUUGCCGGCUCCGAGACCACUGCCACCCUGAUGACCGGCGCUCUGUACCUUAUCACGAGAUACCCCGAAGUUCAGCGCAAGCUUGAACACGAAAUCCGAUCCAGCUUCAAGAGCGAAGACGAGAUCCUACUAAACACCGUCAAUGAGUUACCCUACAUGUUGGCUGUCCUCAACGAAUCCCUGCGCCGAUACCCCCCUCUUGCCAGUGGUAUGCUUCGUGAUGUUCCUAAGGGCGGUGCCACAGUUGAUGGCGACCCGCUCCCUGAAGACACCGUUGUUUCCGUCUUCCAAUGGGCUAUUAACCACUGGGACAAGUACUGGACCGACCCCAUGGAAUUCCGACCCGAGCGCUGGCUGGGUGACGCCAAGUACAAGACCGAUGUAUUCGACGCCAUGCAGGCUUUCAGCACCGGCCCCCGCAACUGCAUCGGAAAGAACCUUGCGUACGCUGAGAUGCGUCUCAUCGUCGCCCGUAUCAUCUUCAACUUCGACUUGACGCUCGACCCCGAGUGCCGCGACUGGAUCGACGGCCAGAAGGCCUACGUCAUCUGGCACAAGCCUCCUCUAAACAUCCACUUCAAGCCCCGCGUGUUCUAAGAAGUAUAAAGUUACUUGCCAUAUUAAACUAGCUAAGGCUAAGCGUCAGAAGACAAAACAAGCCAACGAAAAGGAGCGCUUGAGAAUUUAUUGUUUCAGCGCAACCUGAUAUAUAUAUUAUAUGAUUUUGCUUGAUCGAAUUCUAUAGAGAGGCGAUAUCAUGAUUUGCAUUUGUGGGUGGUGUUUCUGGAUUGCGUAGGUCCAGAAUUCUUGGAUGUAUAUGUGGAAAUAGUUAGACUACUCACAUCCAAAUGGAGGAUGCAUGUGAUAGUAAUUAAAACAAGUUAACCUCCAUGA